AGGCGCAGCUGGAAUUAGGAAGAAAAAUGUUGAACAACGGAAGCCUUGUUGGUUCACUUUCAGACGGUGCUGUGAUGUAGAGUCACUGCUCAGCAGGCCUAAUUUUAUUUACUUUCCCCCCCUUUUACAUCUCUGCUCUUUUUCCUCAAAUGUCUUCACAUGCUUCAUGCAGGGGGAGGCUGCACUCAAACCGUCUCUACGGGAUUUCACAGUAUUUUCCCCCCUUGAAUGGACUAGAAUUCAGAGAUGCCAAUCUUGGAGAAAGAGACGACCACAGACCGAGACAGCCAAGUGUUGCCAAAGGUCCCUGUGCCACCACUGAAACAAACCCUUGACACAUACUUGAAGUGUGUCCAACACCUGAUUAAGGAGGAUCAGUUUAAGAAGACAAAGACCAUCGUGGAGAAGUUUGGGGCUCCUGGAGGUGUGGGAGAAGUUCUCCAGAAGAAGCUCUUAGAGAGGAGGGACAAGACGACCAACUGGGUCUAUGACUACUGGCUGGAGGACAUGUACCUGAACAACAGGUUGGCCUUGCCAGUCAACUCCAGUCCUGUCAUGGUGUUCCCUAAGCAGACAUUCAGAGACCACAAAGAUGCCCUCAGAUUUGCGGCUCAUCUGAUCAGAGGAGUGCUGGACUACAAGGCUCUCGUUGAUACGCGAGCGCUGAAAGUGGAUUUUGCUCGAGGCCAGCUAGCUGGGACCCCCAUGUGCAUGGAGCAGUACUACCGCCUCUUCACCUCCUACCGCUACCCGGCACUAAAGACAGACAUGCUGAAGGUCCAGAUGAAUGCAGCCUCCUCAGCGCCGGAGCACAUCAUUGUAGCGUGCAAGAACCAGUUUUUCGUAUUGGAUGUAAUUGCAAACAACAAACAGCUCAAUGAGACGGAGCUGUUAUCCCAGCUGGAGAAAAUCAUGAAAAUGUCAGAAAAUGCUGAAGAGAGACUUCCUCCUAUUGGUAUCCUAACAUCUGACGGGAGAACCGAAUGGGCACAGGCCAGGGAAGCAUUAACAAAAGAUCAAACCAACAGGGACUCUCUGGCUCUGAUCGAGAGCUGCCUAUGCUUGGUGUGUCUGGAUGAGCCCAGUGGAGUAAAGCCCAGGGACACUACCAGGGCCCUACUGUUGCUGCACGGUGGCGGCCGUGACAAGAAUGGGGCAAACCGCUGGUAUGACAAGUCACUGCAGUUUGUUGUAGGAAUGGACGGAGUCUGCGGAGUCGUGUGUGAGCAUUCGCCAUUUGAAGGAAUAGUUCUGGUGCAGUGCUCUGAACACGUGAUGAAAUACAUAACAGGAAGUCCGUCCAAGAUGGCGAGGACCUCCAGCAUCAGGGAGCUUCCCCCUCCAAGGAAGCUGCUCUGGAAAUGUAACCCACACAUCCAGGGACUCUUAGCAGCAUCUGGAGACAGACUGCAGAGGCUGGUGAAUAAUCUUGAUAUGGAUGUUCUUACAUUCAAAGCCUAUGGGAAAGAUUUCAUCAAAAAACAGAAGAUGAGCCCAGAUGCAUUCAUACAAGUUGCCUUACAACUUGCAUUUUACAAGUGCAAUGGAAGGCUCGUGUCUACUUAUGAGAGUGCAUCCAUUCGGCGUUUCCAAGAAGGUCGGGUUGAUAACAUUCGCUCGGCCACCCCUGAGGCCCUGGCCUUUGUGAAUGCCAUGACAGAUGGGAUGGCCACUUUAACUGAUGCAGAUAAAAUUAAACGACUGAGGGAUGCAGUUAAUGCUCAGACAAAUUACACCAUUGCUGCUAUUACGGGAAUGGCAAUAGACAAUCAUCUCCUCGGGCUUCUGAGGAUCGCAAAGGAUCUUAACAUGGAGAAGCCAGAGAUCUUCUGUGAUGAGACGUAUCUGAUCAGUAACCAAUUCAUCCUUUCAACCAGUCAGGUCCCUACCACAGUGGAAAUGUUCUGUUGCUACGGCCCAGUGGUGCCCAACGGCUACGGCGUCUGCUACAACCCGCAGUCAGACCACAUCAUCUUCUGUGUGUCUAGUUUCUGGGAGAACACAGAGACGAGUUCGGCCGUUUUUGUCAAAGCCCUGACUGAGGGCCUGCUGGAAAUCAGGGACCUGUGCAAUGUAAGCAGCGCCAUGGCUACCAAAGCGCCUGAGAGCAGCCAAGGAGCCGGCCAGCCUCAUAAAUCAGGGAAGUAAGCCAUAUUGGGAGAGCACGCUCAUGCAGCUGCUCCACUCAACAAUCGCAGACUUAGAUUUUAGCUUUAGACUCAGUAGUUCAAAGGCCUUCGUGUGUCUUUGUUGUAUGUGCAAUAGUGUUCCUUCAACAACAAAACACAAAGCCUUAAAGUUCAUAUAUAGUAAGUAAA